AUGUCUGUGGUUGAACAAUUUGAAACAAUUCUCAAGGAGAUUCCUACUUUGAAAGCACCAGGUGUAAGUGGGUCCCGUAUUAAGAAGUUGACGGAGUUAGCUGUACAAAAUGUUGGAGAAGAAUCAAAAUUAAUUGCUACAUUGUAUUCCAAUUGUAAAGCCGUGCCUUCUGCUUAUAAGUUAAGUACUCUCUAUGUGGUAGAUUCCAUUGUAAGGGCUUAUGUGGAUGCCAAAAAACCUGAAGAGAUAAUUGAUGCCCUGGCUCCUGAAGGAACUUAUGCUGCUGGUGCUUAUAGAAUAAGCGAAUUAAUUGAACCUUUAGUGGACGAUGCCUUGGAUUUAAUGGUUAGCAAUAGUCAAAGGAUCAAGGUUAGUAAAUUAGUGGACAUUUGGGAAAGGGCAAAAACUUUUAGUCCCGAAACCUUGAAACGUAUUAGAAUUAAGCAUUUUGCCUCUACUACUCCUCCUGGAUCACCUCCACCUUUACCAAAAGAAGCAUUGCCUGCAAAGCCUUUGUCACCACUGGUAUCUACUAACUCAUCGAAAGAACAAGAAUCUAGUACCAUCUUACUGGCUCUUGCUUCUUUAGCCAAGACUAACACUAACACAAAUGUACCAACACAACAACCCCCAAGUAAUGUUAGAUCUCCACCCCAAGAUGCAAAUGCAAUUUUGUCACAAUUGUCUGCUAUGGCCAAUAACAGAUCUCAAUCUCCACCUUCGAACUCUAAUUCUGGUGGUAACAAUCAAGAUCAAAUUCUUAAUAUGUUAAAACAGAUGCAACAAGGUGGUGGACAGGCAAAUUUACAGCCCCCACAACAACAGCAACAGUAUCAAGCACCUCAAAUGCAAAAUCAAUACCAACAACAACCUCCAGCUAAUCGCGGGCGUGAUCAAUAUGGUGAUUCUACUGGUGGCUAUGCCAGAAGGAACAGAUCCAGAUCUCCAAUGGGUCGUGGUGGUAACAACAUGGGUAGAAGGGAAAGAUCACCUCCCAGAGGAAACAAUCAAUACCAACAAUAUCAACAAGGGCCACCUCAAGGACAAUUCCCACCAACUCAAAACUUUCCAAAUGAUCAAGGACCCGGACCAGAUGGUUUCAAUGGUGGAGUUCAAUUUGGAGAAGCCAAUACUCCUGGUACACCUCACUAUCGUGCUAGAAAUGUUGGAUUUGAUCAAACUUUACCUCAAGGGUCAUUUAAGGUAUUAUCGAGAACUUUAUUCAUUGGUGGUGUUCCUCGCAAUAUGGAUGAAGGUGCGUUAUCAUCUGUUUUAAGACCUUAUGCUGAAGUUCAAUCAAUUAUUUUAAACAGUGAAAGGAAGCAUGCAUUUGUUAAAGUUUAUUCCAGAAGGGAAGCAGAACAAGUUAUUACUCAAUUCAAUAAGGAUGGAUCCUUACCUUUAAGAACACGUUGGGGUGUUGGGUUUGGACCAAGAGAUUGUUGUAAUUAUCAACAUGGAAUUUCCAUUAUUCCAAUUGCUAGAUUAACGGAUGCUGAUAAGAAUUGGGUUGUUCAUGCUCAAUGGGGUGGUACAGGAGGACAGCCAUUAGUCAGUGGUGUUGUUAUUGAUGAGCCUGAUAUUGAAAUUGGAGCUGGUAUUUCUUCCAAGUCGAUGUCGAAGAAGAUGCCUACGAACUCUGCCAGAAAUGGACCUAAAUCAAACAAACCUGGUGAACCUGAUGAAAAUUAUGUUAAGACUACAUUAAUUCCCCAACAUCAACAACAACAACAUCAUCAUCAACCACAAAAUUUUCAACAGCAACCACCGCAAUUUGGAAUGCAAAUUAACAACAAUCCUAUGGGAGGAGGAAUGUACCAAAGUCCUCAACAAAGGUUUGCACCUAUGAAUUCUGGAGGUUAUCAACAACAAGCAGGUAUGCCACCUUUCAUUGGUAACCAACAGGGACCUCCUCAACCUCAACAACCAGAUGCUGCCAACUUGAAUGCUUUGGCCAACUUUUUCCAAAAGGGUAAUAUGAACCAUUAA